AGAGAAUGAAGAGUGUAACAAGCGCCCCUAGCUUGACAGUUCUUGGUCGGGCGGCCAUGCCAUGCUUAUGCGAACUCAGUACGAUCAAUGCCCAGGUCCACAGAAUGAUGCUUUCGCCAGUGCUGGUGUCCGGUCUCUUCCGCUGAGAGGACCAAGAAGCAAAUGGCCAACAGUCAGGUAUUCCAUGUAUUUAUGUUCGAGCAUCGCUGGGUCGCUGGGCGACCGGAGUUUGGAUGUGCCAGUAAUUCUCAAAUUGGGCUGUCUGCCUCUGUCGCAGCCUCCUCCGGCACCCCUAGAGGAGGUCGACACCCUGCCACUCGAGGGAUUCAAGAUGAAGGGAUUCGCAAAGACUCUGGUCAAACACUGCGAGGGGAAGUUCAGCAAGCCCACCCCGAUACAGGCUGUUUGCUGGCCGAUAGCGAUGCAGAGGACGACAGACUUGUGCGGCGUCGCAAAGACAGGCAGUGGCAAGACAUUGGCUUUCGUUGUGCCGUACCUCUCCAUGUCCAGGAGGGGUGUCCUAGAGGUCUACGAGCAGCCCUGUGCCACGCCACGGUUUGUGGCCAUGGGCCCCACGCGGGAACUCGUGAUGCAAAUAGCGCAGGUUUGUAAGGAUCUUUCCGCUGCCAUGGCGGACGAAGUCAGUUUUCCAGUGCAGUGCAUCUACGGAGGCGUCCCCAAGCGGGACCAGCGUCAGGCCUUGGAGCAGGAGGGCGUAGACUUGUUGGUCGCCACACCUGGGCGGCUCCAGGACCUUGUUGAGGAGUCCUCCAUAGACCUCGGCUAUGUGCAAUAUCUAGUCCUCGACGAGGCGGACAAGAUGCUGGAUCUGGGCUUCAUCGACGUCGUGAAGUCGCUUAUUAGCAAGAUGCCUAAAGCCGGGGAGAGGCAGACUGUCAUGUUCAGUGCGACGUGGCCUCCGAACGUGCAUUGUUUGUCCGAACAGUUUUUGGACAAGCCCGUGCACGUGAUAGUAGGCUCUGGCGAUGAAGGCCUUGCCGCCAACAAGGCAAUCCGCCAGGAGGUGGAAGUAGUUCAGCACGACAAGGAGAAGCAAACUAGAUUGCUUCACCAUUUGAAGAAGCACUAUGCCCCCGACAAAAAAGGGUGGCGGAUCUUUGGAUUGUACAAAAAGGAGUGCGCCUGGCUCGAGACCUUCCUUUACGAGAAGGGCUACACGAAGGUGGGUCAGUUAUCAGGGGACUUGACCCAGGAGAAGCGCACGAAGACGAUCGAGGAAGAUUUCAAAGCCACAAGGGUCACGCCAUUGAUCGCCACGGACGUGGCCAGCCGCGGUCUGGACAUCAACGACGUCGAGCUGGUGUUAAACUACACCUUCCCGCUCACGAUCGAGGACUACGUCCACAGGAUCGGCAGGACUGGGCGCGCGGGCAAGAAGGGCCUGGCGGUCUGCUUCUUCUGUCCAGACUCCAAGGGCGCGCAGGACGAAAAGGCCCAUGCGGGGGACCUCGUCAAGAUCAUCAAGGACCUCUUCCUGACGCCGGUCAGCAGCCUCCAGAUGACCUGUUGAAGUUGAGCGCCACGUCGGGGGGCAACAAAGCGACGAAGAAGAAAGCCCACCCGCUCUUCGGUGCUCAUUUCAAGACACCAGAACAGAUGGCAGCUUUGGAGGCCAAGAAGGUGCACAAGAGUUUCGCGGACUCCGACGACGAGUAAGACGUAUGGCCGGCCCGCAAUCUUGCGCUCCCCCUGCCCUGCCCUCCUCUCCUUCUUGGCCCCGCCUCUCAUCCUUUCGCCCCCGUCUGCUUCUCUUGCAGCUGCUGGAAGCGGUGCUGGCCCCCUGAAUGCUCACGGGGAGGCACCUCAGAAGGCCGCAUAUGUCUGGGGAGGCGUCGAAGGGGGAUGGAGCUCUAACCUACCCCAGCCCAGAGGGCUGGUAGGAUUUCCUGGCUCGCCCCUCGCCCGAUCCCUGAGCCGAACAGCGGCGCCCGCGGGGCCAGCCGUGGCGGGCGCGGCCGCGCGCCGUCGCUCCGCUCCGCGCGCGCGCGUAAGCCUGACCGGCAUCUUCCCUCCGCGCAUCUGGCGGACGGAAGCUGCAAAGAGUGGAGCCCUUCCGCUGGGGAGGGCGCUGCCGCCGUCCGCCGCCGCCACCGCCGUGCCGUGGCCGUCACCGCCGUCGGCCGCCGCCGCCAGAGGGAGCCUUCCGCCGGCACGAGUGGUCAUGACGGAAAGGGGUCCUUCACUUCAGCCAUGGCGUGUAGGGCACAUGCGCUGAGUAGGAAACCAAAGCCACGCGUGGCAUUUGUCCGCCGCUCUACGGUUGAUGGAAGAUGCCCUUGUG